UAAUUUCCGCUCCUCGGUCUAAACGGGUUCAUUUGAGAGCGUUAGCCUAGCUUAGCGUUAACAUUAUGUGUCACGCCUCUCCGCUUGUUGUUGGCUUACAGUUUUCAUCUUUUCCGUGAAGCUUCAGUGGACGGGCUUAGUUCAGUGAGGUGUUGGUAACGAUCAAUUGUAAGUCGCGGACAGACGGAGGAUUGUCCUCUCAGCAUUAGCUAAACAAGCUAACACGCGGCUAAAGAAAGGAUACAACUUCCUGGAGGAGCUAAGGCAGCCAGACCAGAGUCCUGUUAAACAUGGAGGAUGAGGAGGUAGCAGAGAGCUGGGAAGAAGCAGCGGACAGCGGGGAAAUUGAGAGAAGACUUGAGGCGAAACUGAAAAUAAAUCAGGAGGCCAAGAAGUCCAAUUUGAAGUCCAGUGGUUCUCCUGUGCGGACUGCCAUUGUAAUCCAAGAUGACUCUCUGCCUGCAGCCCCUCCGCCUCAGAUUCGAAUUUUAAAACGUCCUUCCAAUAAUGGUACCACAGGAAACUCUGCAUCCUCUCGCCCCUCUCAACAGAUGAAGUCUUUGGCCCAAAGAGAGGCAGAAUAUGCAGAAGCCCGAAGAAGGAUUUUGGGCAGUGCAUCUUCAGAAGAAACGCCUCAGGACAAUCCAAGCCAGGAUAGGACCGCUCGUAUGAGUGUGCAACAACCUUUAGAAACAGUUUGUCCAAACAAUCAGGUAAUCCGUCAACCCACUGGUCCAGAUGGCACCACGGGCUUCCGACUCUGCAGAUAAACUGGAGCUGCUUGUUGCAAGGAAACAGCUUCUUCCCUGAGAGAGCCGGGUCCAGUGGGGGAAUUAAAAAGGUUUAGUGUGUGAUUUAGAGAGCAGAGUGGUGAGAUGACCUCAGAUUUGACUGACAGGAGGAAUAUGAAGACAUGGCAUGAACUUAAAUGAGCAUCUUCCCUCUCUCUCUCUACUCUGCUCACUGGUUUGAUCUUUGCCUCCAGCCUUGUUGUUUCCGUCGGUGGAAGCUUGCCAGAGGCUGGCAGAGAUCAAAGAUUUGAAACCCUUUCUGUUCUCAGCUUGAACAAGCUUUGGUCGCACCGCCCCUACACUGUGAGAGUCGGAUGUGCUGUGAGAUUUCAAGUCAAGUGUUCAGCCGGCCAUGCACCAGUUCAUCUGGUGUUCGUCACUUCAGGGAGAAUAAGGAGAGUUUGUUAUUCUGUGGGAGAUCUUCAGAGUUGUGCAAGCUUAUGAGCUUUUUUUGUUUUCCGCUGAAGGAGCAAAGGUCAUGGCUGGGUGUCCAAAGGGAGAAUGGCCUUAGUUUGUUGCUGCGUUCAGAGACAAUUAAGUACUUUACAGUGCCAAGAAGUGACUGUG